AGGGCCGAAGGUUUUCCAAGUGCUCCCUGCCGUGCUGGCCGUCUUCUCCUCGGCCGGCGACUGGAAUUCGCAGUCGUUCCAGCGCGGUGCGCGUGAUGAAAUCGCGGAAAUAGCGCGCCCGUUUCCAUCAGGCCUCCACGUCGCGUGGAAAACUCUCCCGGUGUUCCGUGAGUGCGGAUAAUAAUAAGAAAAAAUUGUUUCGUUUGGAUAUUUUUUUUGUGUGCUGUUCGGGGUGAUUUAGUGGGUCGUCGUGCACAAUAAGAUUGGAAUAAAAUAAAUACAAUCCAGGCCGACAGAUUAUCAACGUAUCAUCAAUCAAGGAGUGCAGUUACCAAAGAUAAUUGGUGAUAAGAGCACCGCUUCGAGUACGGAUCUCGUCGAAAGUGCAAUGGACGCGGAGGAGGAGGAAAACGAAGAGAACGAAAUUAGCUAAGGUAACGUAAAUUACACUAACACUCCGGAUCAGGAUGCACGCCAGCCUGUUGUUCAUCCUGUGGUAUUACGCUCAACUGGCGGACUCGACCUGCCCCCGCCUGUGCGAGUGCAAAUGGAAGAGCGGCAAAGAAAGCGUGUUCUGCCAGAAUGCCAGCCUGGUCGUCAUCCCGCCCAGCCUGGACGCCGGCACGCAGAUACUCGACCUCACCGGUAACAACCUCACGGCCAUCAAGCACGAGGAGUUCAGCAAGGCCGGCCUGAUCAACUUGCAGAAGAUCUUCCUCGUCCGGUGCCGGCUCAAAACGCUAGAACGCUACUCAUUCAAGCACCUCAUCAACCUCGUGGAACUCGAUCUGAGCUACAAUCUGUUGAAUAACGUUCCAUCGCACACCUUCGACUCCGUCACCGAGCUGCGCGAGCUCAAACUGAACGGCAACCCCAUCCAGAAGAUCUUCAACGAAGCGUUCCUGCACGUGCCGCAGCUGAUCAGACUCGAGAUAUCGGAAUGUAAGCUGUCUUACGUCGAGGAACGGGCGUUUUCCGGCCUCGAAAAGUCCCUCGAGUGGCUCAAACUCGACAACAACAAACUCGCCGAGGUGCAAUCGAAAUCGUUCACGCCGCUGCAGAGCUUGCACGGAUUGGAGCUCGAAGGCAACCCGUGGAAUUGCUCGUGCUCGCUGAGGCCGCUGCGCGAGUGGAUGGUGCGCAAGAACGUCCCGUUCGGCGUGCCGCCCGUCUGCCACAGCCCCAAGCGGCUCUACAUGAGGCCCUGGGACAAGCUCGAGCUCGACGACUACGCCUGCGUGCCGGAGAUAUUCGCCUUCGACGGCACGGCGCACGGCGUCGAAGGCAAGAACGUCACCAUGACCUGCCGGAUCGCCGGCGUUCCGGAGCCCAGCGUCCGAUGGCUGAUGAAGAACAAGGUCAUCGCCAAUCUCACCGGGGCUUCUUAUCCAGGUGGGAAAAAGCUGUACGUCGUGCAUUUCACCAACAACUCCAGCGAACUGACCAUCUUUAGCGCCGAUUUGCAGGACGCCGGCGUCUACGUGUGUUCGGCGGAGAACAAAGCGGGGAAAGCGGAGGCGAGCGUGACGCUGGCGGUGUCGAAGAAGCCGGCGGAGAGCGCCCUCUCCGACAGGGUGCUGCUGGCCAGCGUGCUGAUCGGCGUCGGGUUCGUGGUGACGUCGUGCUUCGCGUCGUUGUGCGUGUACUCGGCGAGGAGGCGGCGGCUGGUGAAGUGGAGGAGCCGCGAGUGCAGGCGCGAGGAUAAUUACGAGAAGAUCGAGAUGAACCACAAGGGCUCGAACGCGAACGGCGGCGUCGGGGUGGGUUUGGGUAACGCGGGGAUGGGCGUCGGGCAGGAGUUGGUUGGGAUCGGCGAUAGGAGGAACGGGGAGUAUCGGGUGGUGCCCGAUCGGGAUCAGGAUGCCGAUGAGGAGGAGGAUAACAAUUUGGAAGGGUCGGCGUCGAAUUCGAAGGUGGAUAGCGGCUUCAAAGAGGAGUUCAACGGGGACAGGCAGAGUUGGAAUUCUUCGGAGAAUAUGCUGGAUCCGGAUGAUUUGCACAUACCGAGAAGGACUAUUCAAGAAACUAGGGACAAUAUGAAGAAAAGCAGCAGCGGGUAUAAUCAAUACGCCACCACUUCACCUGCAGCGGCCGCGGCGCCGUGUUUCCCCGCAGGAAUCGCCGCGUCGGUCUCUACCUCGACACGCCGGUACUUUCCUCCGCCAGCGAGCUCCAUGCACGCGACCAAGGAGCUGCCCCGUGUGGCCGAGGACGCGGAGAAGCGCUUCCCCGAUCUGAUAGAGGGCUCUCCCAACGGACGGCCCUUCGAACUAAAGUACUAUAGUGCCUCUCGGGCCGCGAGUGAUAGUGGCAGUGCGACCGACAUUAACGAGAUAUUCUGUACGUUGCCGAGGAAAAAGGAAAUCGUGCACUCGUCGCGGUACACGAGCACCGAGAGUCAGAUGCCACUGUUGUUGGCCGAGAGUCGAUACAGCAGCAGCGGUGGAGAAAGCAUCCUUAGCGGCCAAAGCCGACGAAUGUCCGAUUCUCCCAAGUAUCCCCUCACGACGAGUUUAAACAGAAACAGGGUAAACAAGAUAUCCAGCAGUUACUUAAAUCUGACCCGCGAAGAAGGUCAUCAAGCGAAAGAGUCGAUGAACAACGAUAUGUCGGCGACGCCGCUGUUGGACGUCUCCAAUUUAGAGAAUCGAGUGUGGUAUAGCAAAAGGGGCGCUUCAGAGAGGAUAUCACCUACGACGAGCACGACGCCCAACGCGAAUUCGUACGAUUACCACGCCGCCCAAUUGGAGAGGUUCCUGGAGGAGUACAGGAAUCUGCAGAAGCAGCUGACCAAGAUGAAGGAGACCUGCGACAAUCUCUGCCAGGAGAAGGAAAAGGAGAAGCAACUGCCCUUCACGCCGUCGACGUCGGUGGUGUUCAACAAGCCAUCGUCGUUGGCGCUGUCGCCCAAUUCGAACCAGCCCCUCGAGGAGUCGCUGGAUUUCAAACAUUUCGAAAACGAACUGAAGAAGUAUCUGCUGUCGAAGAAACUGUCGCCGAAAAAUUUCAAUAGCGGAGAAUUCGAUUCGUGAAUUUACCUUCCUUUCUUCCCGCUUCGGUGCGAAAGACAAUGUAAAUAUCAAACUGUAUAAUUGUUGCAAUAUUCCUAUUUGUUGAAUGUUUUAGUGUAGCAUAAAUUUGUGAUAUUACAUAGGCAUAGGAAAAUUUUUGAGACUAUGAUUGUUUGGUCUAUAAUAAAAGUUAUACACAUAUCCUUUCG